AAAGAUUACCCACUUAUAUAUUCUCCUGUUUCCUACAUUCUCUGACUUUCCAAUUUACUUGUUUCUUCAAAAAGAAAUACAAGGACUAACCUUUUUUUAUCCUCCAUCUUUGACAUUUUAAACCAAUUCUGAAAGUGUGUAGUUUUUCAAAAUCUCAGGAAUGUAACCUUACUACAAAAGAAAAUGCACUGAGAAACACACGCAUACACACACUCAAACAUAAAAAGACACACUAGAUUGGCAAACGGCAUGAAAAGAUUAUCUUUAAAAGAAAGAUAAAGUUCCUGAAGACACGUGUGAAAGAAAUAGCAUAAUGCCCUCACCAGGUUAUGUUUGAAAAAGUAUGUUUUCUUAAUUGAUUGAUUUGAACCUAAUACACAUACCUCAUUUGUACUGAUGACUAUUUGCAUAAGAUUAUUUGAAACAGCAAACGUCCUGAUCAAACAGGAAUGAUCCAGUGACUUCGGCACUCCUGAGUAACAGCCCCACCCAGUGGAGAGCUGUGGUAAUGACAGGAAACUUCCUGAAGCCUCUGGAGCUCCUCCAGUCAGAAUAUAAAAGCUGGGACAGUCCCACUGCUGAGACAGAAAGCAACACAGAAGAGAACAGACACUUUAACAGCGAUUCAUCUCACAACAAGAGAACUCAACACUAAACACACAGUGAAGAUGCUGUGCUCUCAUGGAUUCCAGUCUGCCCUCAGUCCAUUCGUGGACUUGUACUGGCCUGUACGCAGUCUGUGGCCAGAGGUCAGACCUCUGCUCCACCAGCAGGAUCUACUGCAGAGAAACCUACAGGAGCUCUGCAGCAGUCUGGAGCUGAUGGACAAACUUCAACAGAAGAUCCUGGAGGAGACGGAGCCUUUCCAAACCAGCGUGGCCGUGCAACCGCUUUCCUACCAGCUGGAGAAAGCGGGAGAGGACUUUGGCCUGACCCUGGACACUCAAGGCUUUUCCCCAGAGGAGCUGUCUGUCAGGCAGGUGGGCAGGAAGCUGAGAGUCAGCGGGAAGACAGAGAAGAAGCAGGAGGACGAGAAAGGCUCCUACUCUUACAGCCGGCAGGAGUUCAGACGAGAGUUUGAUCUGCCUGAAGGACUGAACCCUGAAGCCGUCACCUGCUACUUGGCUCCAGAAGGGAAGCUCCACAUCCAGGCGGCCAAAGCUCCACGUGUUGAGGAGGCUGAGAGAGAGCUGACUAUCAAGAGGAGCUUGGAGGAGAAAACACAGCAGUGUGUGUGUUCACAGGCAGAAGGCAGCAGCACAGAGACACACAACAGCACACAAACCUGAAGACGUGGACUCAUCUCCAUCUUGUUCUAACAACUAACAAUGUAUAGUUAUGUAUUUUAUACAAGUGAUAAAUGAUGAGCUUAUGCUUUUGUAUUUUUUGAGUAUGAUAAAUAAAAGUGUUUAAAUUCAAAUGAGUUUUUUUUGUCAUUUCUUUAUUUAUUCUUUUGUCCUUUGCAUAUAUAACUUAUAUUUUGAUGUGGGAUCAAUUCUAACACAUAGAAUAUACUUUAUAUUUACACAUUACUUAUAUUUAUUGUCAUACUUUUUUAAAAGGAUAUUUUGCCAAUUUAUACUAUGGGUAGUAUAACGUUAUAGCUUCAACAAGACUGGCUAUUUAUGAAAUUUUGCCACACUGGAUAAAGCUGUUACAUGUGAUCGGUGACGACACAAGAUCAGUCCUAUUCGUUCAAAAUGUUCAUGUCUCAGGAUCUGAUUUGGACCUGAUGAUUUAAUGUAGCCACAAAAUACAGGCAGCUUUACUAAAGGGUAAUUAGUUUGUGGAGAAAAGGCUUUACUAUUCCUCCUUUCAGUUAACAGGAAAUCCACGUAUUGUUUGCUUAUCAAACUAUUUUUUGAACUAUUGUUAAUUCUGGUUCAAUCAUACACUGCUUUCAGCUCAAAUUCCUGUUGAACACCCACAUUCAAGGCUGUAACUCGUGUCAAAAGGGAAAGUGAAAUGAAUGUUCUACACAAAUUGAACUUUCAAAUUAUACUUUGAAUGUUUUACUUCUACAUAAAAUAUAUAUUUUAUUUUUAUUAAGAGAAGAGUUUUUUUGCAAAAGGUUUUAGAAUUCAAUACAUGACACAUUGUCUCAAGUACAUAAACAUAUUCCUUUAAAUGUAAUAUUACAUCCUACCGUGAUGGUAACUAGAUCAAAGUUAUAGAAUGAUUGUCCGGUCACCAAAAACUUAAUGAAUGUAACAUAUAAUUAAUUCAGAGACAAACCCUUAGAAAUUUACUUUCU